UGCGUUCACACACCCUUUUGACAAUCCGAAUUCAGAGCGUUGGGUUUCGUUAUUUAAUGCACACCCUCUUUGACUUCUCCGCAAACGAGCGUGCGUAGCAGGGUAGCGGAGAAAGUCGGUCGCACAAGGAUCGAGAGUUUGGAAAUGGUACUGACAAUUUGGAGAGAGAAAAGGGUGGUGAAGAGCUUGAAGAGAGAGAGAGGGAGAGAGCUUUGGAUUCUUGGCUCAUCAGAGGGAAAAUCAACUCACUUUUGUGGUUUUUGUUUUCACCCUGAUGAAUUGUGGAGAUGAGCUGGGGAUUUGAUUUCUUGUGGGCUCAGUCAAUGCUUUUGGGCUAUCAAAAGUGGCACCUCCAGUGCAAUGAAACAUAAUGACAUCUAGGAAUUGGAUGAAAAAGCGGAGAUUCAGCAUUCGAGGGAGGUUAAAGAAGAUGAUGAAAUGCAUCUUUUCGGGAGAGCAGGUACGGGUGGAUGAAAUGAUAGACUCUUCAGAGUCAUUGGCCACUCGAGAUUACUCAGCCAGUGGGUAUUCAUCUCGAGCUGGUGAGGCAGAACCAAAGGUGGAUAAGAGCAAUAUUGAAGAAGCCGAGUCAUCUCUCCGGGAAAGCGGUUAUCUAAACUAUGAGGAAGCAAGAGCAUUAUUGGGAAGGCUUGAGUAUCAGAAAGGUAAUAUAGAAGCUGCACUUCAUGUGUUUGAAGGAAUCGAUAUAGCUGCUGUUACUCCCAAAAUGAGAGUCUCCAUCUCUAGAAGAGGCGAUUAUAAUAGACGUCACUCGCAAAGUGAUGCCGCACCAACCAUGUCCAUGCAUGCUGUUAGCUUACUCUUUGAAGCUAUUUUUCUCAAAGCAAAAUCCUUGGAGCAUCUUGGAAGGUUUGAUGAAGCUGCUCAAUCAUGCAAAAUUAUUCUAGACACUGUUGAAUCUGCACUUCCAGAUGGCUUGCCUGAAAGCUUCAAGACUGACUGUAAAAUACAAGAAACUCUCAAUAAGGUUGUUGAAUUACUUCCAGAGUUGUUGAAACUUGCCGGUGAUUUCCAAGAGGCUAUCUUGUCGUACCGCCGUGCCCUGCUGUAUCACUGGAACCUUGAGGUGGAAACCGCUGCAAAGAUACAAAAGGAAUUUGCAAUUUUUCUUCUCUAUAGCGGUGUUGAGGCAAGUCCUCCAGACCUGCGUUCACAGAUCAAUAGUUCUUUUGUGCCAAGAAACAAUGUAGAAGAGGCGGUGCUUCUGUUGCUAAUCUUACUUAGAAAACGUGCACUUGGAAUGAUAAAAUGGGACUCAUCUAUCAUGGAUCACCUUUCUUUUGCCCUAUCUGUCUCUGGUGGAUUGAAGGCCCUUGCUCAUCAGGUUGAAGAGUUGCUCCCGGGAAUUUUCGAAAGAAAUGACAGGUACUGCAUUUUGUCUCUUUGUUACCACGGGGAAGGGGAGGACAUGGUUGCAUUGAAUUUACUGAGGAACUUGUUUAGAAACAGAGAGCAUCCAGAUUGUAUACUGGAAUUGAUGCUUGCUUCAAAAAUUUGUGCAAAAAAUGAAGUUUGUAUUGAAGAAGGCAUAGGCUAUGCUUGCAAAGCAAUUAGGGAAUCACAUAGGAGGUGCAGCCAGAAGGCCAGUAUUUCAAAUUGCUUGCUUGGGACUUUGUUAUCUGCUAAGUCAAGAUUAGUAUCUUCUGAUAGCGAAAGAACUUUGGAGCAAUCAAAAACUCUUGCAGCUCUUGAAGUGUCUGAGAGAAUGAUGAAAGAAAGAGACCCCUUGGUUGUGCAUCAGCUAUGUCUUGAAAAUGCUGAGCAGAGGAAGUUGGACAUAGCGCUUUAUUAUGCAAAGCAACUGCUGAAACUGGAGGCAGGGGCUAGUGUAAAAGGAUAUAUCCUCUUGGCUCGAAUUUUGUCAGCUCAAAAACGGUUUGUUGAUGCCGAGACUGUUAUUAAUGCUGCUCUGGAUCAGACUGGGAAGUGGGAUCAAGGAGAAUUGCUGAGAACUAAAGCGAAACUUCAGGUUGCACAAGACCAGCUAAAUAACGCCAUUGAGACAUAUAGUCAGCUUCUGGCUGUUCUUCAAGUGCAGAACAAAUCUGCAGGAGUUGGAAAUAAGUAUCGCAAGAGUAGAGGGCAGCAUCACAAGAGCUUGGAAUUGGAUACGUGGAAUGAUCUAGCUAACGUGUACACCAGUUUGUCACAGUGGCGUGAUGCUGAGAUAUGUCUUUCGAAGUCGGAAGCUAUCAGCCCCUUUUCUGCUUCUAGAUGGCACUCUACCGGUUUACUAUACCAAGCAAAAGGUCACCACCAAGACGCCCUGAAGUCGUUUAGGGAAGCACUAAACGUUGAGCCCAAUCACGUGCCAAGCUUGAUUUCCACUGCUUGCGUCCUUAGACAGCUUGGAAGUGGAUCUUUGCCGGUCAUCCGGAGCCUCCUCACCGAUGCGCUUCGACUCGACAGAACAAACCCAUCAGCUUGGUUCAAUCUUGGGCUGGCCUAUAAAUCCGACCCAGGAGCAUCGGCACUUGAGGUGGCCGAGUGCUUUGAGGCUGCUGCUCUUCUGCAGGAGACUGCUCCGGUCGAGCCAUUUAGAUAACCUCUCUGUAGAGUGUAAAUGGUUAAGGAUCAAUUGUAUAUUACUCAUUCCUUAUACACUAACUCACAUUAUUAAAGAUAGAUGUAAAGGUGAUGGUGGAAGUCAAUAUAGAGUAAAAGCUUUGGGAAUAUUUUUUGGAA